AGAAAGCAACGCCGCUGACACCGACUGAACCAGUGAACCAAACAAUGGGAAUUGGCAAAGUGAGCUUGAAGCUUGUGAUCGACAGGAGCAAACGAACGGUGCUCUUUGCGGAGGCAGGCAAAGAUUUUGUCGACUUUCUCUUUCACAUCCUUGCAUUGCCGGUCGGACAGUUGAUCCACCUCCUUAUGGAAACUGGGGUCAUGGGCAGUUUAGGCAAUCUCUAUGGUAGCGUCGAUAAGCUGAACAAUGCGUUCAUAGAAUCUUCGAAGAAAGACAGUCUCUUGAAACCCAAAGCACCCGCCUUUUUCCACGAAAUCCCAUUUCUAUUGUUUGAUACGUCUCCGUCUUCAGAUUCAACACGCUACUACAGGUGCUCUACUUCUGUUCACUGUAGCUAUGUGGCCCUGCACCCUUCUGCAAAAUGUCCCGUGUGCCACAUUUCCAUGGCACACAUAUGCUAUCUUGUAAAACCACCGGCUGGUAAACCGGCAGCUGAAUCUGGCGGUAAGGGCGGUUUCGUGCUAGGGGAGGCAAUGUACAUGGUGAUGGACGAUCUAGCGGUAGAGCCAAUGUCUACUAUUUCUAGCAUUACUUUGCUCAAAAAGUUCAACGUCGAGGAAAUAGGACAUCUUGAGGAGAAGGUGGUCGACUUGGGAAUGGACGAGGUUAUAAAGUUGCUGACGACUUCAUUUCACUCCGAGAAGGUUCUCACUGAUGUCUUCCUCCGUGGGAAGCGAGGUAGAUCGUGA